UCGUUGAGAGAGAGAGAGAGAGAAACGCACAUGGUUAUGAGCGAAUACGAAUCAGAUAAUUAGAGAAGAAGGGUUUUGAAUCAAAAGAAGAGAAGAUACAAAUGGGGGUGGACUACUAUAAGAUUCUUGAGGUAGACCGUCAUGCCAAAGAUGAUGACCUAAAGAAAGCCUAUCGAAAGCUGGCCAUGAAAUGGCACCCAGAUAAAAAUCCCAACAACAAGAAGGAAGCCGAAGCUAAAUUCAAGCAAAUCUCAGAAGCCUAUGAUAUAUUGAGUGAUUCCCAGAAGCGAUCAGUUUAUGAUCAGUUUGGAGAAGAGGGUUUGAAUGGACAAGUGCCUCCCUCUAAUACUGGUGGAUUUCAUGGGGGAAAUGAUCCUGCAUCUUACCGAUUCAAUCCGAGAAGUGCUGAUGAUAUUUUCCAUGAGUUUUUUGGUUUCUCUAAUCCAUUUGGUAUGGGGGAUAUGGGAAGUACACGGCCAAGUACUUCUGGGUUUCCUAGUGGUGUCUUUCGUGAGGAUUUAUUUGCUUCUCUUAGGGCUGGAGCUGGACCUGGAGCAGAUAGAGGUAAUUUUAUAAAGAAAGGGGCUGCAAUUGAACGUACACUUCCAUGUAGUUUGGAAGAUUUGUACAAGGGAGCAACUAAGAAGAUGAAGAUUUCUAGAGAUGUUGCUGACAGUAGUGGGAAAGCAUCAACAGUGGAGGAAAUUCUUACUAUUAAUAUAAAGCCUGGUUGGAAGAAGGGGACAAAGAUAACAUUUCCAGAGAAGGGAAAUGAACAGAGAGGAGUUAUACCAUCUGACCUAGUGUUUAUUGUUGAUGAGAAGCCUCACAGUGUCUUCAAGAGGGACAUUAAUGAUCUAAUUGUCACCCAAAAGAUUUCUCUGUUGGAAGCCCUAACAGGUUAUACAGCACAACUGACAACCCUCGAUGGUCGCAAUCUGACUAUUCCAAUCAACUCAAUUAUCAGUCCAAACUACGAAGAAGUUGUUAAAGGCGAGGGCAUGCUCAUCCGGAAGGAAUCGUCUCAGAAAGGUAACUUGAGAAUUAAAUUCAACAUCAUCUUUCCUACCAAACUGACUUCAGAGCAGAAAACAGGCUUUAAGAGAUUGUUGUCAUCUUGAUUGAUAAACAUCGUGUGAGUUUAGCUGUUGAUUGGCCAGACUUUGUUUAGGUUUUCUGUUUAUUUGUUUGUUCAGAUUGUACUUGUUGACGCAAAAGGAUUUUUCUUUUUCUUUUAUCAGUAAACAUCUAUACUUGAUUAAAGAGAUUAUGUUAAUGGUUGACAAAUGCAUGAGCAUAUCUAUACAUCCAUAUCAGUCUUUUAUACUGUUCUUUCAA